UACUAGCAACAUUGGUGGCAAGUACUGUCCUAGGUCGAAACGAACCCACAGUCUAACAGCCCAAAAUUCUCAGGGACAUCCUAGUCCUCUAGGCAGUCGGACUCUAAAGAAGACUGCCGUCCUCACGUACCUCAAGAAAUUCGCAAUGCACGACGCAGACACGGUCAAAGCACACGGGAGUGACCCUACGACGGCGGGUAUGAUAAUGCUCGGCAAUGUGCAGGAUUACCUUGUACAGAGAGACGACCGACUGCCAGGCCAUCUCAUUUCCGGGCUACCCGCGACGUACGUGGAGGCUGUGGAUUGCGAUGUGACGGCCUUCGAUGUUGCCGAGAAGCAGCGGCUCCUGCGAAAGAACAAGCGUGCUAGCCUCACGGUCGAGCAGCUGCUCGACUUCAUUGAUCACGAACACCGCGAGCUGGUCGGGGUGCUUCAGUGGCUGCGCACGCUCGUCGAGCAUGUGCCGGAGCUCAGCGCGUACAAAGGCAAGGUGUCCGACCUGUACCGUACUCGGGGAGCAAAGCAGCGCGUACCCGAGACCAAGACCAAGGUGCACCCCCUCGGAUGCAGUUUAAGGAGGGAGAGUAUCAUGAGCGAGCUCGAGCUCAAGAUCAAGAAUGCCCUCGUCGACUUCCUUGGCCAGAUAGGUCAGACGGCGGAGGAGCAUAACCCCCGCCUCAUCCUUGUCAGUGGUGACGGGUUCGCCUCCGAGUAUAUUUAUCAGUUGAAGAACUACCUCGGAUUCCAUUGUGGCAAUAGCUUCGAGAACUUCGACCUCAUUGAACCAGUGUUGGCGAUGUGGCACACAGGGCGGACGGACUUGGGUCGCGUGUUUGCGCGGCACUGGGGACCAUCGCUGAGCGACGACGUGUCGACUCUUGGCCACAGCGCAAACAAAAUCGGGCUUGGUACGCCAUCAAAUUUGAGCAAGGUCGACUACAAACAGGGGACGGAGAUCUGUUCACGCGUGCAUUGGGGCACGCCAGACCUCUUCGCAUAUUUCGCCAAACGUGCGCAGGAGAAGACACUGCCAUCAUUUGAAGAACUCGAGACCGUCGCGCUGCAACUGUACCGCGCCUACUCGACGAGCCGUGGGUAUGAGCUUGCCAUGCACGCGCAGUCAAGCCGUGACGACACUACACCUUCCGGCUCAAGCCUUGGGCCUCCGACUGCAUGGGAGCGAACGAUUCCGAUAGGUUCCCCUUGGACAUCUUUGACUCCAGGUGCUGAGGCACUCGCGACAUCGACGCAGGCAUGUCCAGCCUUGCCAAACUUCGAAGGAGACCGGGUCCUCGCUCAGUCAAUUGCGCUCAUGCGUGACGCUGUGGUGUUGCGCGAGUUUGUCCUGGCUACGUGUGACGGUGACGUUGGUCGGGUGUACGAGGCGCUGAAGGUCAUGCUAUUCACGUUCGCUGGCUCGACGCAUGCGAAGUAUACAACUUACCUGCUCGAAACGAUUACCAAUCUCGAACUCGAGAGUACUCCAGAACUCCGGCACGCGAUCCUCAGCAACCUUGUGGUCAAUCUAACUGGGCAACCAGGCUCGUUCCUGCCUGCCGAUCUCAUGCAGGAGUACUUCAGUCGGCUUCUGGAUGCUGUUGCGGAGAAGGAAGGCGUGGACUAUGCAGACCAGUCGGUCCACGACGCCAUUUCACGCAAUCUACAUCACUUCGCCAGCCUUCUCACCGACCAGAAGGACGGUGUAGGACUGCAACAUCGCUCCGGCAAACACUCCGCAAAGCCCGAGUUGACGGUCUUGACCGGCAUAUAUCGCGAGGCAGAGCUGCACUCUCGUCGGAAGGGCCGGGAGUACCCCGGGCCAGCAAGAGAGGUUGACGACUUCCGCAGAGGGUACGAGAAGCUCCGCGACGGUAAACUCAAGUGGUGGGUGAACGACUCGCUCUUUAUGCGCAGUGUUCGCGUCCCUGUAGACGACCAAGUAAGGGCAGCAAUUUUCCAGGAUGGAGGGCGCACAGAUGACGGAGAUUCGGAGACGGAGGCAUCGGACGACGAUGAAGACGACAGCCAAGAUCCUGACGAGCCUGGCGCGACUUUGCCACCCCUUGCACUUACGUUUGUGGUUGACGAAGAGCUUGUCAUCGGGGAAGUGGAUCUCACGUCAGCGGUCGAGAGCAUCGUCACAGACAAUAAUUAGUGUGUGGUACGGUACAGAUAUUGUGGUGUCCGAGUCCCUGAAAUGUUUUGUACACUAACGAGGCUGUUGAAACCGCCCACCCUGGAUCCUUGAUUCGCCCUGCACACGCUUGAACGGUCCCGGUCAUUGACGAGGGGUAGGGUUGGCGCGAGCACAGGCGACGCGAUGCGUCGAGCGCGUCGAGAUUUGCAUACUUACGGCU